AUGGCCCGCCCCGGACAAGCAGAACACCGCAAACGGAAACGACAAGCCGAAGAGGCUGCCGCCCGAGCUCAAUCACACGGCGGGAGCUCGAGGUCCAAUUCGACCCCUCGAGCUGGCCUGCCAUUGCAGAUGCAGGUGCAAGGCUCGGGCCCUUCCUUUCAGGUUGCCUCCUCUCGGAUGAGCCUGGGCGGUGGAGCUGCGGGCGAAGGGAACAUGGGAGAAGAGUACGAGGAAGGAGAAGAGGAAGAGGAAGAGGAGGGCGGGGAGUACGAUUCGUUUGCCCAGCAAGGAGAGGAGGGGGAAGAGGAUGACGAGGAUGAGGAUGAAGAUGGCGAUGCGGGCGAGGCGUUCGUUAUAGGCAAUGCGGAUGGGAAGGGGAAGGGAAAGAAGAAGGACAAGAAGGGAGGUGGAGCGCAGGUUCUGCCAGUUGCGGACCUGCCUGAUGAUUGGGAAGGUGAUGCAGAGGAUGGAGCGACGUAUCUUGCGCUUGCUAUGAGGGCAGAUAAAGUGUUGCCGACGUUUACUCGAGCUGAGAACCCAUGGAGCAGCUCUGCGGCGCCCGCUUUGCCAGACAUCGGAGAGGCUGCUCAGCCGGACCAAGCUGCCGCUGGACCGUCCAGACAUCCGGCACUCCCGAAGAAGUCAUGGCAGACUGUCUUCCCGCACCACUUUGUCGAGUACAGAAGGACCAUCGCGCAGUCCUGGCCUCCCUCUCCCCCUCUUCCAUACCCCUCUACCUGGCCAAAGAUCCCACCAACCUCUCAGCGCGGUGAAUGGGGAUACUACAUCAAUGGGUAUCCUCGGCGGAAGCUCUCACCCCCUGCGAGGCCAAAGACCGCUGCGUCGAGCGCGAAAGGGAAGGGCCCUGCUGUUGAGGUGGACGAGGAAGAGGGACUGAACGCUGAGGUCGAUGAAGAGGAGGGAAUGAAUGCCGGAGGCGGAGACGAAGACGAUGUGGACAUGGACCUUGAGGACGAGGAGGAGGCUGCCCUGAAUUAUGAUACGCUGGAGCCGCUUGGGGAGCGUCAUAAAUCCCGGGAUCCACACGUCUGUAUAUUGCAGAAGUUGGAUACUUUCCACAUCAUCUCAGUCCUGACCACCCUCACCACCCACAUCCAAAAUACCCUCACGCCCCUCGAGUCCGACCUCAUCCCGCCCUCAUACGAUCCCCUUACCUCUUCCUCCUCCUCAUACCGCCCCCACUCCCGCAAGAACCCAUUCACCGAGCACUACUCUCGCUGGAUCUACGCCCUUCUGCUCGUGCUCGACCCAUUCCUCUCCGCAGCGCAAGUCUCGGCACUCCGGGAGCUCGCGAGGGUCGUCAUGCGUGUGGGCGCUUGGCGGUGGGUCGAGGCCGUCAUGGCUGGUGAAGUCGGGUUGCCUGCUUCUUCCUCUAAUGGCGGUGCCGUGGGCGAAGGCGGAACGGGGGCGGCGCCGGCGCCAGUACCGUGGGUAAUGGGUGCGCGGUGGAAGUAUGCGCGAGACAGUCGAGAGGCGACGGGAGUAGCGGAGAAGGAGAUGGCUCGUCCGGCGAAAGAACAGAUCACUCCGAAUGAGAGGGAAGAGUAUGACGAGACGAGCGUGGACGAGACGCUGGGGAGGUGCUGGUUGAUUGUUCAUGCGAUCUCGGCGGGUUGGGGGCAGAAGGAUCUUGUCAUGGAUCUAGAAGAGAUGUUUAGUUGA